AUGGGAAAUUGCGUGGCAAAGAGACGCGCAGUUCAAAUAAGAAAUUACCGGUAUAUUGUGAUCGUCCCAACGGAUCAGCGGACAGUUGAGUGGAAUGGAGUUGUGUAAGGAGAUUUUAGAGGCUUUGUGCGAUGAUUUACUAGAAUAUGACAAUUGCGAAUAAUGUUGUCUAGUGUAAUAUAAACAAUAUUUAGUUAUGACACAGACGUCACUCCCAAACCAUAUGGCGUCAUAAAAAUCUUCAACAAGUGCGAAGAGUAUCUUGUGGCGUAUGAAGUCCAGGAAGAUGGCAUUGAUUACAAUUAUGUUACAGUAAGUCGGAAGAUGUAAAUUAGACGCUCAGAUUAGGUUGCUGAUCUGAUUGGUGGCAUAAAAAGACGAUUUUUUUCUUUCUUUACACGUUUUUUUAUCUUUUCUUGCUUCGGAACCUCUGCCAUUUUGAAGAAUUUUGUAUCUGCAGCCUGCAGAUCUGCCAUUCAACUCAGGGCGCGAGCUGCCAAUAGGAAAAAAGUAUUAUAAUUUACGGAAAUCGUCUUCGUGUAGUCCAUACGUGUAAAUGUUGAUGAAUUUAUGUUCUAUCACGACUGUUCACCUUGUUUUAGGCAUACUGGGACCUUCUUCGAGAGCUCAACGAUAAUGGAAAUGAAUUAUUCGGAAAACUUGAUGUCGACUCAGAAUUUAUUGAUCUUUGGCGAAGCGAUGGAGUGAAAAUAGACGCAAUCUUGCUCAGUUCGGUAGGUAAAAUACGGGGAUCAUUUUUAAGUCAGAAUUUUUGGAAAAUUAUGUCAGAUGUCAUAUGUAAUAUAACUUUUCGUUAUAUCUGAUGCGUUUUUAUUAUUGACAGGGUGCUCUGAGGUGUUUAGAGUUGAUUAGGGAAUUUUUAUCAGUUUUCUUACAUUUGGACCCGCUUUAUCCAUGUUUCUUCAGGACAACAAGAAGUUUAUCCGGCUUCAUGAAACCUUCUGGCAAAGUCAAUUGGAAGUCUCGAAUUUGAUUGACUUUGGAUUGAAAUUUGUCCAGGCGUUGCAUGAAUACCAUCAACGAGGAAAAGUCCACCUCAAUUUGAGUCCAACAUCAGUUUUUGUCGAGACCAAGGGAGAUCGGUCAUUUGAAUUCGGAUUUUUGCAAAAUGGCCAUCCAAUUCCCGCUUAUCAUGGAAUUCCAAAGGCCGAAGUUCAAAAGUAAGUGUUUCCCUUUCUUUUUUUUUUUGAUUUUUAGAGACAGUGCGGGAGGUUUCUUGAAAGAUUUGGAAAUUUGUUACCUAAAAAUUUUUUUUGAGGCUAAGUGAUAAAACUAAAAGCUGACCGCCUUAGAAGAUGCCAAUCACAUAAUCAACCUUGUUUUAUGUUUAUAUUCGUCCCUUGUUUCAGUUCGAUUUUCAAGCUCACAGAUUGGGGAUAUUGUCCGAUGGCCAUGCACAAGCGCAAUGUUACGAUUACCGACGACUAUGAAUCCUUUAUCUACGUGCUCUACACUGUUUAUCAUCGAACACACGUCCCUUGGGUCAGAAAUGUCAUGAAUGUAACUUUUGAGAAUCAACAAUACUACGAGAAUAUUUGCCAGAAGAUCUGGAGUGUUGAGGUAUGUUUAAUGUCAUUUUUUUGAAGUUUAAGUCAUUGGGUUUUGCCUCUCAUGAUACUACAAGGCGUAAUAUGGCCUUUUGGGUUGAUUUUGAGGCAACUUCGGAAAAUUUUCAACCAUUUUUUUUCCAUGAAUAAUAUAAUUUUUAGAUGGAACAAGACUUGAUCAAGGAGAAGCGCAGAUUUUGGGAUGACCCUCAGAAAUUGUUUGCCCAUCUGGAUGAACCACUUCAGCGUCUUUUCGUUGAUCUAGCAAUGGUUGUACACGCCAAUCAUGACAUCCCUCCAUUGGAGAUGAAUUCCCUGUUGAAGCAAAAAUUAUUGGAUUACAAGGAAAACUUCAGUUUUACUUGA